AUGUCACAUUCGGGCAUAAAAUCGACCCCAGGGCUCCAUCUGCUUCCAUCUGGCUACCAGGGGGAUGAAUCUAUUGAAUUCCCAUCGGAAAUGUCCCAUAAUUUUGGUUUUGUCGCUUCUACUAAUUCAACAUCUACCACCAGGCAUGAUCAAACCCUCGAUCUCACAGUCAAUUUUAGAGAGUCCUAUCCACUUAUAAAUCACUCUAUCUACUCUUCGCCGGAGCCCGUUAUGUACCGAAAGGAAAACUGUUUUGUGAAUCAGAAAGGCGGCGAUUUGAAUUCGGCGGUAAAUUGCACCAGGACUCUGAUAGGGCCACUUGGUGCUAUAAAAUUAGACAGCUCUAAUGACCUGACCGGAAUAGGGGAUCAUAUGGAUUCUUUAACACAAGACAAUCACAGUCACGACCACCAGCGAUACCAAGGGCAGCAUCAGCGACAAUAUCACAUAUACACAACUCAACCCUCCGCACAACUAUUACCAGUGCGUUUUCCACCCUGUGAACAAGUGAUACAGUCAGAGCUAAGUAUCCGUCCUUCGUUCGCCUGGGUUCUCCAACUUGUAUACUUUGGCGGCUGGCAUGCCAAGAUAUAUAUGGGGGCCGCUAUGUUGGGAGCCAACUGCACGACUGGGAUGUCCUGUUUGAUGCGGCGUGAGGUGCUUGAUAGGGCAGGAGGUUUGGCCAGUUUCGGCCAAUAUCUGGCAGAAGACUACUUUAUUUCAAAAGCAUUCUAUGAAGAGGGCUGGAGAGUCAGAAUUGCACAUCAGCCAGCCUGGCAAAACUCGCCUGCGCCUACAGUGAGCCAAUUUCAUUCACGUAUCUUCCGAUGGUACCAGCUGCGUUUGGCAAUGCUGCCACAAUCAGCGAUUGCUGAGCCGGUUACACAGUGCCUAACCAACGGUCUGAUAUGCGCAUUUGCAUGGGCCCAUCUUUGUCCUGGGCUUGUGGACCCAGUUGUCUACCUACUCGUACAUCUGCUCAUCUGGUUCCUGCUCGAUUACCUUAUGCUCAGUCAGAUGCACCCGACAUAUGCACAUGUCUCCAUUUCUAAGGUGAGUUAA